AUGAGCACGACCGCAAUCAGCCAACAAGCAAGGCAAAUGUCGACAAACGGGAAUCGAGACACACUGGUGGUAUCGUCGUUUGAUCUGGAGCCCAACCCGUUCGAGCAGAGCUUUGCAUCGAGCAAAAAAGGCGGUCCCAAGGAGGUGGGGGACGGUGCGAUCACGGUGGGACUUGCGGCAGGUGGGGCCACUGUUGACGGCGCAAGUGAAGUGCCAGGAAGUGUGGUGAAGGCAUCGCCGGUUCCAUUGCUGUCGGUAAAGCCGCCUACAAUGCAAUCGCCGCCGGUUCUCACUCCUGGAGGAUCGCGCCGUUUGCCUCCACUAUUGCUGUCGCCAAACGUUCUCCAGAACGGGGCAGCCGCCCAUCAGACGAGUGCAGGAGCACCAACACUCCCACAUUCAGGCGUCACUCCGUUGCUCUCGGUACCAGGAAAUGGUACAAGCACUCCUGGGUUUUUCCUCAAUCUCUCGAAGACUGGGUUGACUCCCAACGAGUCCAAUAUCCGCACUGGUCUGACUCCAGGGAUUCUCACCAAUGGUGCAACGGGCGUGGGUACCGCGGACUCAGCCCCUCCGCCUAUUCCACUACCCACGGGCCAUUUCACACCAGGACUCUCAACGCUCUUGGGACUCCCGUUGCCAGAUAAGCAUAGUUCGCCCGCUGCAGUACUGGAGCCAACGGCACCACCAAUAGGAAAUUCAGUCUCGGGAUCCGUUACGGCAUCUGCAAGCUCCACCACCGUCAAUUCUGGCACUUCUAAUACGCCGCUUGAGAUGCAAGCGCCUCCUCGCAAAAUGGUCCAUUCUGGUUCAGGCUCUGGCGGUACAACCGCCGCAUCUUCUAAUGGCUCGGAUUCUACACCAUCGGGAGCCCGCCUCAAUGAAGACAAUUCCAAUCUAGAACCUGCACAAAAGCGCCGCAAGCCUGCCCCCAAAAAGUCCAAGAAGAAUGAGCCUGCUCAAGAGAUUAAGGACGAGCAAGAGCGCAAGCGUAAAGAGUUUCUAGAGCGUAACCGGGUAGCCGCAUCAAAGUUCAGAAAGCGUAAGAAGGAGUACAUCAAGAAGAUCGAGUCUGAUGUGCAAUUCUACGAAGCAGAAUAUGACGACUUAAGUCAGUGUAUGGACAAACUAUGUGGAAUCUCCAAGCAGACCAUCAACUCCUCACUCGUAGGCAUGUUGAAGCAGGCACUGUUGCGUCAUGACGUAAACUCAGCUCUGACGCUUUGUAAUCACGUCGAGCAGGUACUGCUGCAAACCAAGUAUGUCCAGCGAAGCGGCAGAAACCCUAGGCGAGAAGACGAAGAAAAACGUAGACGCGACAGCCUCAAUGAAAAUAACUCCGAUUCUCAUGUUAUGCAACAACAGCUUCAUCAUCACUCGGAAACAGCAAACUACUCAGGAGGCGCUCAGCAAAUGAAAAACAAUGGACAUGCCGAAGGCGAUGAUGCGACAGGUACGAUAAACAAUUUACCCCUAGUGAUCAACGGUAAUACCCUUCUCAGUCUAGACGAUAUUCACCAUGGGUCCGCUCGUAAAAAUGGUGCCUCUAAUCUCAUUGCCGACAAUACUCCAGUCAGCAGGCACAGCUCUUUAACUAACUUGGAACAGCAGGGUCAACCCUCGGCUGUACUACACGACUAUCCGAAUUCCAACUAA